GACUAUUUGACCACCAAUGACUAGUGACGUGUGGAAUUCACCAGCGAUGAGUAACCUGGAGGACACUGAGAGACUGAAAAUGGAGAGAAAGCUGCUAAAGCCUCAGGUAGAGCGGCGAAGGCGAGAGAGGAUGAACAGAAGUUUGGAGAGUCUGAGGGUUUUGCUCCUCCAAGGUCCUGAGGCAGCGACUCAGAGGCGAGUGGAGAAAGCUGAGAUUCUGGAGCACACUGUGCUCUUCCUGCAGACCUCCAUGACCCAGGCCAAGAAGAACCAGGCCUGUGACGAGGGUUCGGAGGGGAGGCAGUUCAUGGACGGCUUUUCUGCGUGUUUACACGAAGCUGCUCGCUUUCUGCAGACGGAGGAGGAAUCUCGGGGCCUUCAGGGUUCCUUGUCCACGACUCUGUACCAACACCUGAGCCACCCCCACGUGCCAAAGGCAGGCGCUGCGCCAACCUGGGUCAGGAUCUCGCCCGGAACCAACGUUCCUCAGAAGAAGAACCAGCUUCCCGUGGCCUGCACGCAAGGACUUGAGUCUGCGAGAAGAAACACACACCCGUACAGUGUCCCCUCACAACACACACGGCCCAGCGGCCUCGUCCAUCACCACGGAAACGCAGACGCCACUUCACAGCCUGCCUCGGAUCAGCAAGCCAACGUCCGGCAGUGGGUGUGGAGGCCGUGGCCUUGA